UGGUUUCAUACGAAUCAAAUCUCUUGCAGAAGUUCUGCAGGGUCCAAGAUUAAGUUUUUCUUAACAUACAAAGCUGCGAAUUUUUGCGCGCCAUUCGAGUUUUAUGUUGUGGAUUUUGGCACUUUCAUAUGAUCCUGGGUUCGAUAUGCUCUGAUCUUUCUGAAAAAGCUGGAGAGAGCAAAGUUUCUUGAUCAACACAAGAAUGGUAGAUGCGUCUCCGGAGAGAAGAUCGGGCUGCGGCUUGCUUAAUGUGGUCUUUGGGCGAAGCACGUUCUGGCUCAGGAGGAGCACGUCGACCGGAUCGAUCCCCACGCCGAACAGCGGCAGCAACAACAUUGCCAAGACCCCCAGCACUCCCAAUUCUCAAAGACGGCGAGGCGGCUCCGAUGAGACCGCAUUCCUCGACGCUUGUAACAAUGGAUCGGAAGGGCGUCCGAGACCCGUCUCGAGACCUUCCCCUAAGGCCCAGGGAAGGCAUCCUCAAAGUCAAAUCCAACCCGGAAAUAGAGUUCCGGGCAGGGCCACCGCGAACGUGCUGGCCGACCAAGGUCAUGUAAACCAAGGUAGGAGAGUCCCCAAGGAAGCCAUUGGGAUAUCUGGCGAGCUGGAGAGCAUGAUAGCUGAUCACCAGAAAUCUAAAGGAAGUAACACGCUUGUCCGGGCCUCGUCAAGCAAUGUCAUGCUCUUCGGUAAUCUGGGCAAUUUGAGGCAACCUGGAACAAGUAAUGCUAGCCCAAAUGACAAUAUGUUCACCUAUCUUCCGAGACCUACUGCUAGAGAAGAAUCCUCGGCGCCUACCGGAAGACAUGCGGCGACAAGAAACUCUAGCGAAGAGCCGCCAGCUUCCUUGUGCCGUGCCAUUUCGACUAGAAUGGACCCUGAGACUCUCAAGAUCCUGGGCAACGAAGAUUACAAGAACGGGAGAUUCGCAGAAGCAUUGGCUCUGUAUGACACGGCGAUCUCAAUCGAUCCGAAUAAGGCUUCAUACAGGAGCAACAAGAGCGCGGCUUUGACCGCAUUGGGGAGGCUUCUUGAAGCCGUCAUCGACUGUAGAGAAGCCAUUCGAAUCGAGCCUCAUUAUCACAGAGCUCAUAAUCGCGCGGCAACGCUAUAUCUCAGGCUAGGGGAGGCAGAAAAGGCAAUGUAUCACUACAAACAUGCAGGACCAGAAGCCGAUCCUGAGGUCAUUGCUAAAGCUAGAGCUGUUCAAACCCAUCUAAACAAAUGCACAGAGGCUCAGAAGCUACGAGACUGGAACAACUUGAUCAAAGAAAGCGGGCGAGCCAUAUCUGCAGGUGCCGAUUCGGCUCCGCAGAUCUUCGCGUUGCAAGCGGAGGCAUUCUUGAAGCUCAACCAGCAUCAGGAGGCAGAUGAAGUAUUGAUCAACGGUCCAAACUUUGAAGUCGAUGCUUGCACGAAAUUCCUCGGGCCCAUCGGCAGCUCAUAUUUCCUGAUGAUCAGAGCUCAGGUUGACAUGGCCGCAGGCAGAUUCGAUGAUGCCUUGGAGGCAGCUCAACGUGCGGCUCGACUUGAUUCAAACAACAAGGAGGCGAACAUGGUGAUGAUGAGGGCUCGAGCGGUAGCCGCGGCUCGAUCAAGGGGCAACGAGCUGUUCAAGGCCUCGAGGUUCCCGGAAGCUUGUUCGGCGUAUGCAGGGGGACUCGAGCACGACCCUUGCAACUCGGUAUUAUUGUGCAAUCGAGCAGCUUGCUGGUCCAAGCUAGGCCAGCUCGAGAAAGCGAUCGAGGAUUGUGCAGCUGCUCUUAAUGUACGGCCAUCUUAUAGCAAAGCUAGACUCAGAAGAGCCGAUUGUCAUGCCAAGCUAGGAAAUUGGGAGGCUUCGAUAAGAGACUAUGAGGUUUUGAAUAGAGAGACACCAGAUGAUGAAGAGGUGAGCCGUGCGCUAUCAGAAGCCCGAUCGCAACUCAACAAACAGCAUGGCGAUGCCGAUUGAUGCUAC